CCUCUUUAGGUAACUGAAGGUAAAGACCUUCCAAAGUCAAUGAAUGAUACUAACUAUUCCCGGGUGACUGAAUUUGUGUUGUUGGGCCUUUCUAAUUCUGAAGAGCUCCAACCUUUCCUGUUUGUCAUAUUUUCUCUACUCUACCUAGCUAUCCUGCUGGGCAACUCUCUCAUCAUUCUCACGGUGACCUCAGAUGCUCGUCUUCAUAGUCCAAUGUAUUUUCUCCUUGCAAACCUCUCUUUUAUAGAUAUAUGUGUAGCCUCUUUUGCUACCCCAAAAAUGAUUGCAGACUUAUUGGUAGAGCAAAAGACUAUUUCCUUUGAAGCCUGUAUGGCCCAGAUUUUCUUUGUUCAUCUCUUUGCUGGAGGUGAAAUGGUGCUCCUAGUAUCCAUGGCCUAUGACCGCUAUGUUGCUAUAUGUAAACCUCUACACUACAUGACAAUCAUGAGUCGCCGAGUGUGUAUUAUUUUGGUCAUCAUCCCAUGGUGCAUUGGCCUCAUCCACACUCUUAGCCAGCUGGCAUUUACUGUUAACUUGCCUUUUUGUGGUCCUAAUGAGGUAGACAGUUUCUUCUGUGACCUCCCUCUAGUGACCAAGCUAGCCUGCAUCGACACUUACAUUAUCAGCCUACUAAUUGUUGCAGAUAGUGGCUUUCUUUCCACAAGCUCCUUCCUUCUCUUGGUGGUCUCCUACACUGUGAUACUCAUCACGGUGAGGAAUCGUUCCUCUGCUAGCAUGGCAAAGGCGCGCUCCACCCUGACUGCCCACAUCACUGUGGUCACACUGUUCUUUGGACCAUGCAUUUUCAUUUAUGUGUGGCCCUUCAGCAGUUAUUCAGUGGACAAAGUUCUUGCUGUGUUCUACACAAUAAUUACCCCCAUCUUAAACCCAGUUAUCUAUACUCUCAGGAACAAAGAUAUGAAGGCAGCUAUGUCAAAACUUAAGAGCCGAUAUCUGAAGCCUCGCCAGAUGGCAACAGUUAUAGGAAACACUUUUUCGUUAGAAACAAAAUAA